AUGUGCGGAAACAAGUCAGCUUACUCCAUAUUAGACGAGUCAUAUCGAGAUUCUGUGAAGUUCGGAAACCAUUCAAAAAUUGCAGUUACAGGAAAAGGACAGUUGCAAGAGAAAGGAUAUGAGAUUGUCAUUAAAAUUGAUUUUGUCAGAUUCAAGAUGACAAUUUUGGGCUUAAUUUCUCAAGUGAAAUCUGAAGCUUUCAAAGCUUUUAAAAGAUUCAAAGUACUUGUUGAAAAAGAGAUCGGUCGCCCGAUUAAUGUUCUGCGUUCAGAUCGCGGGGGAGAAUAUAACUCACCUGAAUUUGCAAGUUUUUGUGAGCUUCAUGGAAUAAAAGUCAACUUAAUGCAGCCUACUCACCCCAGCAAAAUGGAAUGCACCACGUUUGCAGUUAAAUACAUGACUCCAGAGGAAGCAUGGAGCGGACGGCGACCAUCAGUAGAUCACUUCAGAAUCUUUGGGUGCAUUGCAUAUUCCCGUAUUCCUGAUCAAAAGAGAAAGAAGCUAGACGACAAGGGAGAAAGAAUUCAUUGCAACACCACAAACAAUGAGACUUCUCUUUUGCCGUGGAACAAAAAUGCCAUAGGAGAACAAAUUCCAAUAUGCCUUGAUAAAGAAAAUGGAGAAGAAGCAAUUCAGCCUCAACAACAAGUUCCAGCAGUAGUAGUCCCUGAAAAUGCACAAGAUAGCAAUCUUAGAAACGCUGAAACUUCACCAGUUAUGAAUGAGCACAGAGAAACUAUAGCUGAUUCAUGUGUCCCUCGUGCUCGAAGAAGUCCAGCAUGGAUGACAGUUAACGAGGUAAAAGGAAUUGAUCAAUCCGAAGAUCCUCGUACUCAUUUUGCGCACUUUUCAGAUUGUGAUCCAAUAAAUUUUGAAAGUUCUGUUAAAGAUGAAAAAUGGUGA